AUGGCCUCCCUGGACAUGGCUCAGUUCGAGACCAUUCUUAAGAGGUUGGAGGCCGUUGCAGAGCGCCUCGAGGGAACACCUGCUCCCGCAGGUGGCUCGUCCGGGGCCGGCGAAGACGACCUGCCACCGCUGGUGCUAGCGUUCGAUGCUUACCUGCAGUCAAAGCUCGCCCCUGCAGAGGCUGCUGCCAAGGCUGUGGAAGCACAGGACGUGACUGAAGCCAUGGAUUCUUACAUGCAGGGCCUCAGGCUGUUGCGCGAGCUGCUCCUAGCUGCCGCCCGCUGCAAGAAGCCUCAGGAUACCGACUGGCAGGGGAUCCUGAAGCCUGUCAUGGAACUCGGUUCCACAGCACAGAAAGCUUGCGACCCUCGGAGUGACUUCUUCCAGCAUAGGAAGGCUUGUGCCGAGUCGCUGAAUGUGAUCAUGCUAGUGACAUCGCCAUCUCCUCCGGGACACGUUCAGAGCGUGCUGGAGACCUUCGACUUCCACGCCAUGAAGGUGAUGCAGAAGAAGGUUGACAAGGAAACGGCCUGGAUCAAAGCCUUGAAGGAGACCCUGAAGGAGCUUAAGGAAUGGUGCACCGAGAACUGCAAGCUGGGCCUGAUCUGGAACGCGCAGGGCCAGGCUGCUGUGGACUACUUUGCGGCGUCGCCUUUGGGGUCCGGUGGCGCUGCAGCUGCAGGAGGGGCCGCGACCCCUGCCCCGAAGAGCAAGGGCAAGGGCAAGGGCCCAGCAAUGCCCAAGGGCGGGCUGGCGCCGAUGCCCGAGGAAGUGCGUGCCAAGCUGCGGGUGCGGAACUCUGGUAAGUUCCCUUGUGGUGCCCUUGUGCCAUUUGCAUUCCUGGUUGCUGGUGGAAGCCCAGCAGUCAUUAGAGUUGGACAUCAGUGCCUGGAGCCUGAAGCUGAGGAGGGCGCCCCGGCGGCGAAGGCCCCGGCAGGCGCUGGCAUGUCGGCCGCUGUGCCAGACGCACGAAGCAUCCGCCUUUUGUUGCUGUGCGCUAUGUGCAGCAUAAGUGAUGUUGUUUCUGUGUAUGUUGCAAGAGGUGACGCUGCGACGCGUCACCCCAAGCCGGAGAGCCAAAACUCGAUCGCCGACUUUCAUACGUUCCAGGCCAUCGGAGACUUCGACACAGGCAAGUUGAAGAAGGCGGCAAACCGGAGCCUCAGCUAG